GAGUCGGGGGAGGAGGCCGUCGCGGGGGCCGGCGCCGGAGUCAGGGCUAGGUCUGCGGGGUCUACAGAGAGCUGGAUCAGCUGCGAUCUUGUGCGCCCCGGCCUGCGCGCACCCGCUGCUCUGGGAUCACCCGGCUGAGGCGGCUGCGAGAGGCUAGGGGGGUGGGCGAAGGAAGGCCAGGAGGGCGCGGGCGCCCUGUGAGCGGAGCAGGGGUGAAGUGGCCGGGGGCCGGGACGCCAUGUCCAUGGAGGACCCCUUCUUUGUGGUGAAAGGAGAGGUACAGAAAGCAGUCAACACUGCCCAGGGACUGUUCCAGAGAUGGACAGAGCUCCUCCAAGACCCCUCCACAGCAACCCGGGAAGAAAUCGAUUGGACCACCAACGAGCUGAGAAACAACCUCCGAAGCAUAGAGUGGGAUCUUGAGGACCUCGAUGAAACCAUCAGCAUAGUUGAAGCAAAUCCUAGAAAAUUCAACCUUGAUGCAACCGAGCUGAGUAUAAGAAAAGCCUUCAUUACCAGUACGCGGCAAGUUGUCCGGGACAUGAAGGAUCAGAUGUCCACUUCAUCUGUGCAGGCGUUAGCUGAAAGGAAAAACAGACAGGUCCUGCUGGGAGACAGUGGUGGGCAGAACUGGAACUCCAGAACCACCGAUAAAUAUAGCCGCCUGGACCGCGAGCUCCAGCUAGCCAAUUCCCAUUUCAUCGAGGAGCAGCAGGCACAACAGCAGCUGAUCGUGGAACAGCAGGAUGAGCAGUUGGAGCUGGUCUCUGGCAGCAUCGGGGUGCUGAAGAACAUGUCCCAGCGCAUCGGAGGGGAGCUGGAGGAGCAGGCAGUCAUGUUGGAUGAUUUCUCCCACGAGUUGGAGAGCACCCAGUCUCGACUGGACAACGUGAUGAAGAAGCUUGCAAAAGUAUCCCACAUGACCAGUGAUCGGCGCCAGUGGUGUGCCAUCGCCGUCCUCUUCGCGAUCCUGCUGGUUGUGCUAGUCCUCUUCUUAGUGCUGUGACGCCGGCCGCUGUGGUGCCUCCUGCACUGGAACCCAGGGAGGAGGAGACGUGGCGUGAGCAGCUCUGCCCACUCCUUGCACCCCUCUCCGGAAACACAGCCUGCACUGACUUUUCUCUCCGUGACCCACAAGAGAUGGCUCCUCUGUCCCAAAGGCGGAAGGGCAAGUGGAAGAGGAAGUCGCCGACUGCACACUCCUGGCUCGCCGCCUCCCUGCAGACAGCUCGUCACUGCUUUGCCUGUGGGCCUGGCUCCUUGGGGGGGGGGGGGGCGAGAUGUCCAGAGAAACUCCGAUUCAGUCGUGUGUGCUGUUGCUCACCCACCCAUCUUCGGCAGCUCUUUGUUCCUGCUUAGACCCUUCCCCUGCUCGGCUGGCACCGCCACUCGGUGGAAAGAAGCCAGUGGGGAUGAGGACGUGGGUCCCACUCACGUUUCACUGUGGCUUUCCUCGGCCCUCGAGUUGAUUGUU